GGAAUCAGUUAGCAUUAUACACCAUUUUCCCUCUCUGACAUGGAUUCAACCCGCAGCUCCUGACGUUUACUGAGCUGAGAGAAGACGCUUUGGUUUACUCAGUGGCCAGCAGAGGUCUGCCAAGUAUUGAUCGUAGGAUGGAGGAAGCAGGAGAGGACCUAGGUCAGAUGGCCAGCCAGCAGGCUCUGUGUGACGCUGAUCAGAAGACCAGGAAACGCCCUGGCAUCUCCACUCUCAAGUGGUUUAUUGUGGCAUUAUCCUUCGCCUGCUUCUCCAAGGCUCUGACAGGAACAUACAUGAAGAGCUCCAUCACUCAGAUCGAGCGACGUUUCGACCUCUCCAGCACGCACGUUGGACUCAUAGAUGGGAGUUUUGAGAUGGGCAACUUGCUGUUUCUCGCUGCGGUCAGCUAUUUUGGGGCCAAGCUACAUCGGCCCAGACUAAUCGCUGUGGGCUGUUUCAUCAUGGCUGUAGGGUCCUUUCUCACCGGCCUGACACACUUCUUCAUGGGACGCUACACAUACAACACAGCCAUUCAGGUUUUCCACAAUGACAGUGUAAGAAUUGCUGCCUGUGCGGUACCUGAAAUUCAGAUUCGUUCUGAAGAAGACGACAAAGCCUGUGUGAGAGAGUCUGGUUCCCACAUGUGGAUCUAUGUGUUUCUGGGGAACGCUCUGCGGGGGAUCGGAGAAACCCCGGUUACCCCUUUAGGCAUCUCUUACAUCGACGACUUUGCUAAAGCAGAGAACUCACCCUUCUAUAUAGCUUGUCUUCAGACCAUAACUCUCCUGGGCCCCAUGUUUGGUUUCCUCCUGGGCUCCUACUGUGCCAAACUGUAUGUUGACAUUGGCUAUGUUGAUAUGGAAAGUGUGGCCAUCACCCCUAAAGAUGCCCGCUGGGUGGGGGCCUGGUGGUUGGGCUUCAUGGUGUCCUCCGUCCUCCUGCUCCUCUCCAGCAUUCCCUUCUGGUUCCUGCCCCGCAUGCUGCCGAAGCAGGAGGGAGAUGAAGGCAAGCUGACUUCCUCACGUGAGACAAUAGAGGUGACAAAGGAUGCCUCCAACAACAAUCACGCCAUCAAGCUGACUGACAUCGCCAAAGGGUUUCUCCCCUCGCUGAAGCGCCUGUUGGGAACUCCUGCCUACUUCCUGCUCCUUUGUGGGAGCAUCCUGAAGUUCAACUCCCUCAUUGGCCUGAUCACCUUCAAGGCCAAAUACAUGGAACAGCAGUUUGGACAGUCUGCCUCCAGAGCCAACUUCCUCAUAGGUGUGUUGAACCUGCCGGCGGUGGCUUUAGGGAUCUUCCUGGGAGGGCUGCUGAUGAAGCGGUAUAAACUGAGCCUGGUGUCAGGAGCUCAGAUGUCCUUUGCCACCUCCUUCCUCGCCUACCUCCUCCUGCUGCUACAGUUCGGCACCAAGUGUGACAACAUCCCCAUGGCUGGGCUCACCAUCUCAUACAACGGGACGCAGGGUAUAUCAUCUGACAGAAGCAUGCUGUUCUCAGAGUGUAACAGAGACUGUUCCUGUUCAGCAGAGGAGUGGGACCCUGUGUGCUCAGACAGCGGCAUCACCUACAUUUCUCCCUGUAUGGCAGGCUGCAUUGGCUCCAGUGGUCACGGCAAGAACACAGUCUUUCACAACUGCAGCUGUGUGUCCGCCUCCUUCCCGGCCGGCAGCAGCACGUCAGUGCGGCUGGGUCAGUGUCCUCAUGCUAAAGACUGCAGCCGGAGUUUCACGUCCUACAUGGCUGUGUCCGUCCUCAGCUCCUUCAUCAACUCUCUGGGAGCCACGCCUGGCUACAUGGUCAUCAUACGAUGCAUCUCACCAGAGCUCAAAUCCCUUGCGCUGGGUAUCCAGGCCUUGGCAACAAGGACUCUGGGUGGACUUCCUGCACCUGUGUACUUCGGGGCCCUGAUUGAUUCCACUUGCCUAAAGUGGUCGGUCAAAAAGUGUGGGGGCAGGGGAGCAUGUCGCUUGUAUGACUCUGAUAUGUACAGGACGAUCUUCCUGGGUCUGCUCACGUGUCUCAGCGGUUCUUCCUACUUCUUCAUUAUCGCGGUCAUCGUCCUCCUCAGACGACAGUUUAAGAAACCAGAGCGAGAAGCAGAGACACGGAAAACGAAACCUGUAAAGAAAAAGGAUCUUGAACUUCAAGAAGCGUCCAACACCACGGUGGAUCAGCCCAAAAAAAACUGUCAAGCUCCCAAAGUCUGGGUAAGAGUCACGACAGAAUUGGAGGAGGGUGACAGAAAGGAACAGCUGCUCGAUGGCGGACUCAACUCCACAAAUAUCACCCAGGAGAGGCAACAGCUCACACCCCUGACAGACAUCACUGUUGAGUUCACUCCUCCUUUAAGUGAGGAAGUAACGAUAGAGAUGCAUGGGCUGGAGUCAGAAGAGAACCUAAGAGACAAGGUUUGUGUGGAGAAUAAAGCACAGGGGGACCAAUUCACAGAGGACAAUAAGUUAGAUGAAAAAGCACAAAAAAAACAAAGAAACUGAUGGACCACAAAACUGAGGUGUGGUCUCAUACAAACUGAAACUGAUCUAGAUACGUUUCUUGAAUUAGGCUCAAAGUUUACUUGGAUUUUCAAGCGGAAAUCGAUGUUUCACCUUCUACGCUACCAGUAUUUCUUUGCCCUCUUUUAUGACAGUAUAGAGCUGUUAUAUAACACUUAGCCCUGAGGAGGAAAUGGGCUACCAAUGAUCCCAUGCUCACAACACUCAAAACAUUGACUUCUAAAUGCACAUGAUGCCUGGACUGAAAAACCUCACAGAGAAAACAUACUGGCUAAAAUGGAUGUUUUUGUCAAUAAAUGUCAAUACCAA